AUGGCUUCCUCCUUCGCACGGAGGGUGCCUAGCAAAGUCGGGUUCAAGACGGAUUCGCACUCUCUCCGACAAUCAUCGACUCGGUGCCUGAAUACACGGGCCACAUCUUACACACUCAACACAGGCGCCAAAAUACCAGCACUUGGGUUUGGCACCUUCCAAGAUCCAGACUCGCAAGAAGAGACCGUUAGCCGAGCUUUGCAUAAAGGCAUGCGUCUUAUUGACACAGCUCGCGUCUACGAUGUCGAAGCGCAAGUCGGCAAAGGCAUCAAACGUAGUGGAAUUCCUCGUGAGGAGAUCUUCCUUGGUACAAAACUAUGGUGCAGUGAUUAUCAUCCCGACGAUGUGGAGCGCGCGUUAGCUGAUUCGCUGCGCGACCUGGACACGCCGUAUGUCGACCUUCUUUUGAUGCAUUACCCAUGCACGUUCGCCCGGGGACAGAAUCGAUUCCCGCGAGACAGUGGUGGUAAGAUAAUACAUGGUACCACAACCUUUGUGGAUACCUGGAGAGCGAUGGCGAGCUUAACAAAGACUGGAAAGGUCAAGGCAAUCGGAGUUUCGAAUUUCAGCAAGGGGGAGAUCCAGAAGCUCAUCACAGAGUCAGAUACGGUCCCGGCAGUUCACCAAAUGGAAGUCCAUCCAUACCUACAACAGAAGGAAUUCAACGAGUGGCUGCGAAGCGAAGGGAUUCACGUGGUCCAAUUUAGCCCCCUGGGCAACAUGAACGAUUUCUAUCGACAAACUGGCUGGUCAAAAGAGAUCUCCCACAUGAUGAGGGUCAUCGAUCAACCAGCUCUGAAGGAGAUUGGACAGAAAUAUGGAAAAAGCUCGGUGCAGGUGGUCCUCGCCUGGGGCAUCAAUAGCGGUCGCUCAGUCAUUCCGAAGAGCGUGGUGGACUGGCAGAUUGAGGAAAAUAUUGAGGGAGACUUUGAGCUGCACGCGGAAGAUAUGGCUGAGAUUGGGAUCCUCGAUGCGAAGGCUCGGUUCAAUGAUCCUAGCUUGGAUUAUGAGUGGCGACUUUACAGUGAUUUGGAGGGGAUUGAUGGUACCGUCAAAGGAUUCACUCAUUAA